UACUGCAACAGACAGUGUUAGUUUCUUGCGUAAAGACAAAUAUUUUUUAACAAAACUGAACAGAAUGCCCAUGAAAGAAUUUUCAAAAGCCAAAAGCUCAGAAGACCUUCUCUCUCGUCAGACAUCGUAUGCAUUUGAAGGCACAGAAAAAGUAUACUCUCAUCGCCGUACAGCUUCAGCUGAAGGAUUACUAACAUCAUCGUCUAAUAAGAAGAACCAAAAUGCUAAAAAUAAAACGUUACCACUUGGUCAAGGUAUUGUAUUAGGUCAAACUCUUAGUCCUCGAAGCGGUUCCACUCGUCAGCUGUUCCAAGCAACGUGGAGUGGCAAAGCAUUUAAGCCUACAGACCCAAGUCAAACGUUUAAGGCAUUCCAGACAACAAUUAACGGAAUCCAGCAGUACAUUAAAGUGACAGAAGAUGAUAUCAAAAAUUUGAAGAGUUCAGAUGAUGAAAAUGACAGAAUACAGAACUGUUCAGAAGCAGAAGAAUAUCUGGAGAGGCUGAUUAAAAAAUUGGCUAGGCUUGAAUACCUACAUAGAACAUAUAUGAACCACUACAACAUGAAAAAAGGUACUGAAGCUUUGGCCCAUGCUUAUAUUCUUAACUCAGAAAGGGAAAAAAAUCAAGCUUUAAAUAAUGUGCGAUCAGGAUAUAAAGAAUGUUCAUUGAUCCUUUCUAAUAUCGAAUCUGAACUGGACUUCUUAAUGGGAAUUUUUCAUUUUGAGAUCAAAGGUUUGAAAGGGUUUGCUCGUCUGUGUCCUGGAGAUGUGUAUGAACUUACCAUCAGAUAUGGCCACCAGAAAUGGAAGUCCAAAUGUCAGAUUCUCAAGGAUGCCCAACAAUCCUGGGAGAAUAGCAAAAUAACUUUAAAAUCUCUUUUGGGUGAACAUUUGUACAUCAAGACAGCAGAAUUAAAAGGACUCAGAAAAAUUGUUCCUUUGGGUGAGAAGUGCUGUGAAGCUAGUGAUCUCUUUAGUGCAAAUCCACAGUUAAUGACAGUUAAUCUCAACAUCAGUGGCACAAUCAAAUUGAACAUGCUGGUUACAUGGAGUCCUUUCCAUCAUGCUAAACAGACAUCAAAUGAACAGUUGCCCCUAUCCCCUUUCUUUAUGGCUGUUCUAGACACGUCUUUCAAGAAAAGAAUUCAACCCCAAGACUCUCUUUCAGAUGACACAUCAUCUCUACAAUCUGCAUCAAAGAACACAAUAUCUUCCAAAAUAAAUUCAGUACAUUCUCCUAAACCCAGUGUGAGAUCAAAAAAACCAACCAAACUAUCAGAAGUGUUUUCUGAUGAUGUAGAUACGAAAAAUAAGAACUUGUCACCUCAGUUAUCGUCUUAUGUUUCCAAUGACCACUUUCAAACAGUUAAAACAAAAAAAGCUGGAGAAAAUGAAACAACUUUACUAUCUUACAAUUUUGACCAAAUGAAACCUGAAAGCCCAAAUUUGGAGAAAAUUGAGGCAAAUACAUCACAGAGAUGGUCAUGUAGAAAGUUUGAUAAUAUAUUUGUACAGAGCAUAAGAGAUAAAGAAAGUAUGUCUUCAGAAAUGUCCCAUAGCAACUUGGCUCUCCAGUGCUUGUUGCAUGACUUGUGUUCCACCCUAGAAGACAUUCAAGGCCAGUAUGAGGAGCUGGAUGGGUUGAAAGAGAAUGUUACAAAAUUGGAGCAAAUACUUGUGAAAAAUCAGAAUGAAAGUAAAUUAGAUUCAACGGAUGCUAGUGAUAUUUCUGUGAGGAACACCCUUAAAAGUUUCGACUUUCUUGACUCAAUUGAUGAUGGUCAGCAACAAAGGAACAAAAAGGAAAUGAUUACAACUGAAGAUGAUGGUAAAGAGAAGAAGAAAAAAGAUGGAACACAAGAUAAGGGUUGUGAAAGCAGCGAUGCACCAAAAUUUACAUCUGGUUAUAAACAGUUAGAUCUUGCAAUAACAGAAAGUUUAAAGCAGUGCCAAAUGUUAAUUGAAAAUUUAGGAUCAUUUGGACCUCUGAAGAACACACGUGAAUUAUCUCUUGAUAAGCUGAAAAAACAGACUGAAGUUAUUGACUGGAUAGUCAGACUGGGUCAUUCUGCUAAACUUGCAGGGACAACUCCUAGUGGAUAUAUUUUCUUGGAGACAAAACCAAACCUGCAGAAGUUAUGGGAGCAGUGUUCUGAAGACAAAAAUGCUCUAUGUGUUACUGUCAAGAACAUUCUACCAAAAUUAGGAAUGUUUGUAAGGGAAUAUUUAAUCAGCACUCAGCAACACCUUGCUUUGAAAGUUGCUGAACACUGGUUGAUGGCAAUCUUGGAGGUGAACAAGCUUGAUCAUCAGGCUGUGGUUACUGUGUUUCAGCUUAAGAUAUAUUAUGACUACCAACAGACUCCAUUAAAAACCAUAAUAACCAGUCUUGCUGAAGAAAUCACUCAGAUUGAACUCUUGAGAAGUAGAGAUGAGAACACUGUGAAGAAAACACUUACAGAUAUGGAGACACUCUGUUGCAGUUUGGACAGCCUUCUUGUUGUGAGCCACUUACUUAUAGAUGAAAAUGUGAAACUCAAGAAAUUAGCUAAAUUGUACUUGACAAAUGCAUCUAAAACAGUCAACCUGAGGAAAAAACUCCUCACAGUUUAUUUAGGAGCCUUAGAAUCAGAAAUACCUCAAAUAAGACAAAGUGCUUGUGCUGCAUUGGCUGUUUUAAAAGCUAAUGAAUACAUAAAAGAAUUAGUACAUCUUUCCCAGAAUGAUCCAGACCAGCUUGUACAACAAGAAGCAAAAUAUACUCUCUUUUCAUUUGGAAUGGAAGGGAAAAAAGCAUUUCAGGAGCAGAACAUGGUUACUCAUGGGUUUAAGAGCUUGCAAAUGAAAGAAAUGAAAAGAGAAAUGAACUGAAAAGAGUUCAGAAUGCGAGAUAUGGUACCUGUGAUUUUCUGUUAUCAUUAAAAUUCUUACAGUCUGUGGUCAAAAAUUUUGCAUCCUAAUCCAAGAUGUUUUUAACCAUGCAUGGUUUAAAAAAUAGUAAAAAAUAUAAAACUUUAAAAAAAAAGAAUGUUAAGGUGUAAAAAAUAAUUUGAUAAUCACAGAUUACCAAAAAAUGUUUUUCAUUUAAUAAUUAUGACAUUUUAUGCCUGGUGUUAAUUCAUUUGUACAUGUCAGUAAAAAUCAAACAAAAAUUCUGAAGCUUUGACUUUCAUCAUUUGAACAGUCAUUCUAGUAUGUAUUUUGUAUUUAUGAUAAAAUAUACAUUUUUUUCUUUACAUGGUCUUUUCUUUCAUACUAUCCUUUUCUCUCUGUUUCUAUGAGACAAAUUUGUUGUUUUGUUUUGUUAUAUUUUUGAAUGAGUAUUUUGCAUGAAGUUAAUAUAUGUAUGCAGUUUGUUCUGUGAGUUGUAACUACAUGUGUAAUGUCUUGGUAAAUUGUGAUAGUUUGAAACUGAAUGUAUACUUAGUGAUAAAUUUAUCCUUAGUGGCUGAAAUAAAAAUAAUUUUAUGUUUCAA